CUCAUAAAUUUAGCAAACAAAAUAAUAACAUUUAUUUCAAACAAAAUAAUAAUAUUUAUGUGAUUUUGAACAAUUUCCGAACUUUUUGAUUUGUUUGAUAAACAUGUUUAAUUAACAUUCAACCGGUGAAAUCGAUGUUUUUCAGUCUGUAUGGCAUGUCUUCCGGCAAAAAUAUCUGGCAGGCAGCAGCGACCGGUGAUGCCAUUGCUCUGCAGCAUUGUCUUCAACGGAAAUCCAACAAAAACAAAAGGAUAAAAUUAGGAAGUUUCCGUGAUAAUCACAAUUGGACCUUGCUUCAUCAUGCAGUGGCCAGUGGCAGCACAGAAUGUGUUGAGCUGUUGAUAUCGCGCACCAACAUUGAUGUGGCAGCACGUUGUUUCGAAGGUCGAACCGCUUUCUUUCUAGCAUGUUUGAAAAAUGCACCGAUCGAGAUUUUAGAGUUGCUCCUCGCUAAUAAUUCGGCCCUCGUCAAUGUGUCCAACAAUGAGAAUAUUACUCCUUUGCAUGUCGCAGUUGAACUCAAAAAUUUACAGAUGGUCGAACUACUUGUGAUAAAUGGAGCGUUAGUGAAUGCUAAGGAUUACGCUGGUGAAACACCUCUGCAUUCAGCUGUGGGAUUUGGAAGCGUCGAAAUUUUGAUUUAUCUUAUUUAUGUUGCCCGAGCUGAUGUUUCCAUUUGUACGGAGAACGAUUUCGAUACCUUGAGUUUAUUGGCCGCGCGAGGAAACUACGAUGUGAAAACCAAAAUUGCCUGCUUCAAAAUAUUAUUCAACUAUGUUAACACCAAUCAACAGUACCAACAAAAAUAUUUGCUCAAAGAUAUUUAUGCAAUAGCAGUUAUCAGCUAUCGAUCUACGUCGUUGAUUCCACAUUUUAUCGAAACAGCGUUGUUGUGGGAAAAAAAUCCUGAUAAGUGUCGUUUGGCUAGAGAGCUUCUUGAUGGGCCAAACGAUCAAUAUAUUACGAGCCAAUUUGGAGAUGAUGUGAACCGGAACUUGUAUCAACUUCUCGCGCUUCUACUUGUCUACGAUGAAGGUGUUUGUCUAAUGCAAAAUGAUUGUAUGAAUUAUGAAAUCAUGUACAGUCAAAGAUUGGUACAGAAUGAAAUGGUAGCUUUAAGUGUAGCUGCAAUUCAUGAAAACGAUUGUGGGAAAAAACUGCGCAUAUUUCAGCAAUAUUUAGAUUUUGUCAAACAUUUGACGUACUUCUUUUCUGAUCAUUUAGACGAAACCUUAGAGCGGAUAAAAUGCGCUCUGAUGAAUGAUGAAGCCGUUCAUAGUGAAACUAUGACUGCAAGGGUUUUCGCGCACUAUGAAUUGAUUGUGAAUAAAAUAAUCGAAAUAAUGUCUAUCAGAGCGGAUCCCGUUCUACUAAUGAUGGCAUCUUCUUCGAAAGAUUAUCAUUUAGAAAAGAAAUUCUUUGAACCAAUUUUAGGAUUCUGUACAGAUCUGUUUAUGAACGAACGGUGGCUCACACCAGCUAAUUUGGAAAAGGUUGUGUACCCAAAAAUGAUAAUUGAAUACGGAACACUAACCAUGGCCCAACGUUGUGAAGGAUUCAAAUUUGAACAUUUUUCAUUAUUGAGACAAGCUAGGGAUAAGGUGCGAGAAGCUGUAUGGUAUGCAAUCGAUGAGGAUGAGCAAAGGCGAGAUCUUAUUUUCGUACGACGAUUGGAAGUUCUAGAGAUUCCACAGAAUUUGAUUCGUUAUUUGAGAUACAGGUAGAAUAAAGAUCUUUUUGUUUUGUUACCGAA